UCUUGAUUUCGACAAAAAUCUCGGACGUAUCUUCAUGCCCCCAUCUCAGUCCUUUUCCUCGUUUCCCUCACAUCCCUUUCCUACUUUGUCUUACCUAAUCUUCCCUCAGCCCGACCCUCUCUCAAAGUCUCAGCAAACAACAUUCUCUUCGGAAACAAGCAAAACCAGCAAGUGGUUCUCACUUCUCACUUCCACAGAGAGAGACAGAGAGAGAGAGUCAGGGAUAAUGUUAUGCGGCAGCAUGUUCUUUGAAGAUCAAGAAUUCGCCGACCCUACCUUCGGAGGACGCGCCGGCGAUGAUCUCUUCAGUAUCUUGGAGAGCUUGGACGCCGAGUUCCCCCUGGCGGCGAUUACUCCUCUUCCUCCUCCUCUUCCUGCAUUGGACGAGAUGGCUGUCUUUGGCUCGAAAGAGUGUGACGAAGCUUCUUCGCCUAAGAACAAGAGACAGAAGGUCACGAACGGCAGUGGUUCUUGCUCGGACUACUACAAGAACCAGCAAGACGGUCAGCAGCAGAACCGGAUGUGCCACAUCGCCGUGGAGCGUAAUCGCCGGAAGCAAAUGAACGAGCACUUGUCUGUUUUGCGGUCGUUAAUGCCUUGCUUCUACGUCAAACGAGGAGACCAAGCGUCCAUCAUUGGAGGUGUGGUGGACUACAUAAGCGAGCUCCAACAAGUGCUUCAAUCGCUCGAAGCCAAGAAGCAAAGAAAAGCAUACAGCGAAGUCCUGAUCAGCAGCCCAAGGCCAUCCUCGUCCUCGGUAUUGAGCCCGAGGCCUUCGCCGCCAGUGCUCAGCCCCCGAAAGCCGCCGCUCAGCCCUAGGCCACUCAUGAAUUUGCCCAUAAGCCCUCGGACCCCACAACCCACCAGCCCUUACAAGCCCAAGAACAUGCACCAGAGCAGCAAUUACGUCUCUGCCACUCCGUCGCCAACUUCAUCCAGGUCCCCAUCCAUCGAGAACAGCGUCCUCGGCAACAGCAACGAGCUUGUGGCCAACUCGAAAUCCGCCAUUGCUGAGGUGGAAGUGAAGUUCUCGGGGGCGAAUGUCCUGUUGAAAACGGUGUCUCCUAGGAUUCCUGGACAGGCACUGAGGAUAGUGUCGGCCCUGGAGGACCUGUCCCUGGAGAUCCUCCACAUAAGCAUCGGCCCUGUUGAUGAGCACACCAUGGUUAAUUCCUUCACCAUCAAGAUUGGAGUCGAAUGCCAACUUAGCGCAGAGGAGCUCGCUCACCAGAUACAGCAAACCUUCUGCUAAUCUGCUGGUGAUGGUGUUUUAGCGACGGUCUCAACCCUAAUGUCGUAGCUCUCUCUCUCUCUCAAACUCUUUUGUUAAUAAUAAAGAAGAAUGGGGGAAGGGUCCUUUCACCACCAUUCUCUCAUUAACAUUCAUGUAGAGUAGUCACCAUAUAGCAGUCAUAACUUUAGUAAUUGUUGUGACCCUCUCACUGGCAUGUAAGUCUUAUCUUGUCAUUAUUGGACACUUAAUGUAACGCAUUUCUUGGGUUAAUCACGUAAUGAGAUUCUACCAUCAACUUGGUUACCUCCACAUAUGAUUUUCCUAAUUACUCUCAUUUCUGGUUCAUUUUUUUUCUUUUCUUUUUACUUUGCUGAUUUGCCG